UCUCGGGAUGGGCAUAUGCGUCGAUGCACAGACCGUUCGAGAUAUCCAAGAGACAAUUGAUACGUAAAAUUCAUUAAUUAAUCAAACUCUUGCACGUUUACAGACUCGUUAACUUGCUGAAACGGUCGUGCCUUGCGUACGAAUAGUUGUGUCGGAUCCCCCAGGAUCUCUGGCGCUUUCGAGAGCCCGAUGGAUGAGCAGACGACGCUAACGACGAUCCCGAGCACCUCCUCGUCCUCGUCCCCGUGUUCUAACGAGAUCUCCGCGAGGGCAGAGGACUGUGCGGUGCAAGGUGCGGUGGAGCAGUGGCUGGAGAACGAAGCGUUCCCAGGUUUUCGCGUCUGGCAGCUCGCCGGCAUCGUUCUCUCCGUGCUGUUGUCCAUCGUCAUCGGGCUCUGCUGCUGCAUCCGCUUCCGCGUGCCCCGGACGAAGCAGGAGAUCGAGGCGGACUACAUCCGCAAGAGGAUCACCAGGAACUUCCGGCGCGAGCUCUCGAAGAUCAGCAACAUGGAGAUGGACGAGAUGGAUCUGCAGAAAGCUCUGGACAGAAUCCGAAACGAGCCCGAGGAAAACGCGUCCGCCCCGGUGGCGAAGGAGUGCGCGGACGUGUCGCAGCGGAACGCUCAGCGUUGCUUUCGAUCCAGAUUCAGCGCCGUCUUCGACGGCAUGCGUGUGCGUUUCGGUCAGCGCGAGCACACCGGGGCGUCCAGCGUCAUGAUAUAAAUAACGACGCGCGGACACGUUGUCGAUAACGGGUAUCCACACACGUUAUUUAUUCAUCUAUUUAUUUAUUUGUAUAACUUCUAUAUUGUCCUCUUUUGACAAUAUAAGGAAAAAAGAAAUUAGAAACGAAGAAAGAUUACUUGGAUUUGCAGAUAUUAUGCGCGUAACCGAUUAUUAUCCGGCAAGCCCCGAGGUGUGUCAUAGACGAUAGCCAGUUCACUUCGAAUUGCAUGUGUGACAUCUGGCGCUGCUAUCAGUAAAAAUUCAAUCGAACACCCAGAUCCACGGAAAACGUCCGCUUAGCCGAGUUUGCUUCAUCCGUACGAAGAGAUUUUGCACGAGACGACGCGUUAUUAUUACUUGCGUGAUAUCGUGCGCUCUUCCAAGAAUUCAAUCGCCUGCAGUUCAAAUUUCCUAAUCGUUAAACUGACGUAAUGCUGACGGCGUUACUGUGAGCGACUCAGGCAAGAUAGAGUAGUUCUGUUAGGAGAGAAGAAGAAAUCACUGAGAAAGGAGUGCGAGAAGCGCGGAGUCGAGAGAGUUUCGGGAGAGGAGUCAGUGCUGGGCAAUAAUAAAUUGUGUGUGUGACACUUUCUUUGACUAAAUAUAAUCUUUAUUUCAUAGAUAUAUUUUUUACACAAAUUUAUUUACUUUUAGCAUGCAACAGUGAUCUAUAGCAACGGAUAAUAUGCUUUAGAAAGCACUCCCACGGUAUAUGUGUAUGCAAUGUUGUAUGUGUGUGUCUUUGUGUAUGUCUCUUUGUGUGUAUGUUCAUAGUGUCUUCUUUCUUUUCUACCGUGUUGAGAUUGCUGUCAAUUAAAUCCUUUAUAUCGAUUAAUUAUUUGUACUCUCUCGUUUAACCGUUUGUCUUAUUUUACCGCACACCGAUUGAUCUUUAUCGCAAUUGAUAAAACUCGUCAAGAACUAUGUAGAUUUAAUAGUCGAUGGUAUUACGCGACAAAGUGUUAAUACUCCAUCCAGAUGCGUUAUGAAAAAAUCAUACAAAAUAUAAAAGGACAAGAUAAUGAAAAAAGAAUAAUGUAACUCGAUAGAAAGAAUCGUGUAGCGAAAGACGUCGAUGAAAUUAGUUACUGGACGAAUACGUAGCUCCUAUAGAAAUUUCUGUAGAUAGCGAAUUUCUUGUUAUACUUUGCAAAUUUGUUUUAUCGAACUACGACGAUGUUGCGCACAAUUU